GAAUUGACGUUCGCUUACAGCUGAUAAGCGACGAAGAAGAGGAAUGGAAAAAGUUGAAAGCUGAUUGGGAAUCGUCGUAAUUUUUUAUUGACUUUAUUUAGCUUAUAUUUCCAUAAACAAUUACUUAUUUUGUUUUUGACGCGAAGUUACGACACGGUGGAUAAUUUUUUCCCAAAACAUCUACUUAGUGACAAAGCAAGCAGCAAAAUGUGCUAGUGUACUGUACGGCAAUAAGAAAACAUUUUGCGUUUUACAGCUGAAGCUGCCAGCGGCAAUAGCCAUCACCGAAACAGCUGUUGCUUGUAGAUGGCAGAAUUUGAGCAGACUACGAACGCUAUGACGAUUGAGACGAAUACCAAAGAAGUUUUACCAAAUCAGGUCGAAGCGAUGCCUGCUGAUGGUGCUUCGUCUUGCUCGUCUAUAGGUACUGACGAUUCCAAUGGCAAAACAAGUGAGCAACAGUCAUCAACCGCUAUUGCAACAACUGUAUCGACAAAUAAGUCGUCACCUUUGACGGCUCUUUCAGAGGAAACUAGUUCAACUUACCCCUUGAGUAUAAUUAAUGGUCUAGACCAAUUCAAACCUAUAGUGGCAUUUCCAGACCUCUCGUUCGAAGAAAAAAUUGGUCAUGGCUCCUUUGGAGUAGUUUAUAAAGUGAAAUGGCAAACACGACUUGUGGCUGCAAAAGAGUUUAUGGCAAAUCCCGACCAAGCAGAAGCCAUUGAAACGGAGGUUCGACAACUGUCUCGCGUGAGCCAUCCUAACAUUAUAGAGCUUUAUGCGAUUACCGCAAAUCAGCAUUCAAUAUACCUCAUUAUGGAAUUUAUGGAAGGCGGAUCCUUACAUACCUUCUUGCAUGGUAAAGUGAAGCCCUAUUAUUCGACAGCACAUGCCAUGAGUUGGGCGCGCCAAUGUGCAGAGGGAGUUACUUAUCUGCACGCAAUGAAGCCAAAGCCUUUAAUACACCGUGAUUUAAAACCACUCAAUUUGCUACUUACAAAUAAAGGGCGUCAUUUAAAAAUUUGUGAUUUUGGAACUGUUGCUGAUCAGGCUACCAAAAUGACUAAUAAUAGGGGUACGGCUGUGUACAUGGCACCGGAGGUAUUCUCAUCAUGCAAGUACGAUGAGAAAUGUGAUGUUUUUAGUUGGGCCACUGUGUUGUGGGUAGUAUUGAUGCGUCAACAGCCCUUUGCGGACAUUACAAAUGCCUAUUCCAUACAGUGGCAAAUUCAUAAAGGUCACCGCCCUCCAAUGAAUCCCAAAAUUCCUCAACCAAUUCAAAACCUAAUGCAGGCGUGUUGGCUAAAAGAACCGGCAGAACGUCCACCCAUGGCUCAAGUGCUAGCUUUUAUGAAAAAGUUAACUGCUGACUUACCCGGCGCUGAUGAACCAUUGGAAUAUGAAUUCAAGCAUCUACAGAUUGUCUGUACGGAUACCACACAUUCUACGGAUAGUUACCAACUCGACUUCAGCAACUUAAAGUCGACUGAAAAUUCAAACACGUCACUCGAAUUGACGCCAACUAAUUCUGCUAAUCAUACAAAUAACUCUGACUACUCGCUAACGCCUACGAACAGCACCGAGGGUCAUGCCAAUUUUAUCGUUCCAACAACAACACAGAUACCAACCGCACGAAUAGCAGGGUUAACACGUUGGGGUGCUAUUCCUGAAGAGUCGGAAUCUUCCUUAUAUGAUCAGAAAGAUAAUACUGAUAAAACAGACGCUCAAGGGAAUGCAUUUAACUUGACAUCAUCACCAUCGGCAAUAAAGCGUUAUGAAACGAUACGUAACGGCAUGGCGCAAAAAGUUAAUUUUAAUGUCAACCCAUUAUCGGUUGAUGUAGAUCCUCGCGCAUGGGACCUAAUCUAUGCCAGGAGCGAUGGCAAAGAGGGACUCACCGUCACCGAAACCAAGCCGAUGAUACCGAAUAGCUCAAUGGCUGAAAGAGACUUCAAUGCCGCCACACAUUAUGAUGUGGAAGAUAACGAUGACGCAGAUGAUCCAUCGCUCGCUGAGAUGCUAGACCCCGAACUACAACCUGAACAACCCAUACCCGACAACGAAGAAUCACAAGCCAUUUACAGAGAACAUCGACGUUUGGCCAAAGAAUACCUGCGAGUGGAUACAAAACUCUACUAUGCACAAGACUUUAAGGAGAAAAUUCUUAUAGGAUUAGAUCCAGAAGAGCGUCAAAAGAAACAGGAAAUGCUUAGGAAAAUUCAAGAGAAACAAGAGCUUUUGGAGCUUUACAAUAACUUGAAGCAACAGCGUGAAAACUUACUCGCCGAGCAGACGCGUGCCGUGCGACCGAAUAGUGCUGGUGUUGCACAACAACAAAUGGAGUUGCUUGCUGGAAAUGCGAGAACGACGCCAGCGAAUGGUGCGCAACAGCACCAAGAAAUGCUCGCCGAUGAUGGCUGGGUGGUCAUACAACCGAAUCAGAAUGCGUAGUCUUGAGUCAUGACAUAUUUUCAUUAGAAAUUUCCAUUCGUGUCGUUUUAAGUGCAUUUUACUGAUCUUUGGUUAAUGCUGAUAUAUUAGGUGAGGUGAAAAGUUCUGAAUGUAUUUCGCGAGAUGUCUUUAGUGAGUCAUAUCUCAGAAUGUAUGCAAUGCAGCGGGUGCAUUUAAAGUUGACAUUAUGUUUACAUUUUUGGGCAAAUUUUCGUUUGGUUACCGGUUUUACCAGCCUUUCAAAAUGAAGCUGAAAAAGGAGUAAUUCGAUACAUUGUUAAAAUAUAUACCACUAAUUUGGGGAGCAGGCAGCAAAAAUAUUUGUGCUUUGGAAUGAACACAGUAUUGACUGCAACAGCAAAGUGUUGCUUACAGCGGCUCACGCUUCAUCGGAAAUAUUGAUAAAAUCAUGGAAAUCGUUUAGUCGAACCGUCAUGCGAGCACUUGCUCCAUUGCAUAGAAAGCUAGGAUUAACGAGAAAACUGUUUGGAAUUAUGUGCAUAGGGUUUAUUAUAAUUAUAUAAAUUUCAUUGUCGAUAUAACGCGAAAAAACAUUGAGCAUUUUUUACUUUAUCCAACAUUUGAUUUUCACUGACCAUUUUGCAAAGGAAGGACUGAAGCCUUUACAUGAUUACUUUUUGAAAAAUAUCUAUUUAUCAUAAGAAAUUAACCGAUUUGGUAUAGUUUGUAGGGCUUCCGAUUAUUCUUUAUGUCUAAAUGGGAGCAUAUUGUGUAUGUAUAAAUGUUUGUAUGUGGGAGUAUGUUAAGACAAUUUUGUUCUACUUUUGUUGUAGACAUGCCGUGUAUGAUAGAUUAUUUAUGUAAAGUUCAUUAUUAUUAUGGAAUUGUAAAAAAAUGUCACUAUAUGCGCGUCCAUCAUUGUAUGAUAAAUAUGUAAAUAAUUAAAUUUAGAAUGAAUAUAAAUUUCAAUAUCUGUGACGAUGUAGUGCAUAUUAAAGUACAUA